AUGGCCGCUCGCCGGAGCACCAGCUCCACCCGACGCGGCCUCCUCCCCGCCCUCCUUCUCAUCCUCUGCUCGUCCGUCCCGCCCCUCGCCGCCGCAUACCGCCCAGGAGACAUCGUCCCGAUGCUCCGCUCGGGACAGUACCACGGCUCGAGGACGGUGUGGUUCGACGUGGUGGGCCGCCACUGCCCGGCCUUCGCAGUCAACCGGGAGGUGCUGAUGCCAAUCCCAAAGCCGACGGGGUUCACUGGUGCUGAUCCGUACAAGAUAACAUUUCAAAUUGGACAUGAAAAGUUCCAUGUUCCUUGGCUUUAUGUUAUAAAUCGCAAGACCUCUGAAGUUCCACUGAUCGAUUUCCAUUUGAAGUACUCUGGAAAUGAUAUACUUGGGGUAACAGCUAAAGUUGUGGACAUGCCUCACCACUACGUGGAAGUUCAUCCUGACAUAAAGAAGAAUUUCUGGGAUCCACAGAAUUGGCCAAAAUAUGUUCUUGUUAGAUAUACAUGGGAGGAGCAAUCAGAGAUAGAUGUUGCUGGAGGAUUUUAUGUGUUAUUUGGAUCCGGGCUUGUUUUGUCCUUCAUCCUUGCAAUAUAUGUCCUACAGUCAUCUCAAGAGAAGUUGACAAGGUUUGUGCGAGAAGCAGUUGCAGAUAGUAGCCUCCCAGAGGGAGGAGUUGCAAAGGUCGAGUGA